UGCAAGCGUCGUCAGGCAGGCCGGGUCAAUAUCAAUCGGGCAGGUAGGUACAGGGGGAGCAAGCGGAGAAUGGUCGGGGUCACAAGCCAGGUUCAGCAGAGGAGAAUGGUCAGACAAGCCAGGGAUCAGAGCAGGGUCAGCAGAGAAUCAGACAGGAACAGGAAACAGGGCCCAGGAGAAACACAACACCAAGGCAGAGUCUGCAGGUCUGAAUGUCCCUUAAAUACACCAGUAUAAUUAGUUCCAGGUGUUUGACUGGCUGCAAGGUUGAGUCUCUGAUUGCUGGGAGCACCCGCUGGCCAGCCCUGGUACUGCAGCUCAUAAGGCAGGUGAGUCCCAAUAUUGCUGGCCAGUCCAUUCCUGACAGUACCCCCCCCCCCUCAAGGAGCGGCCUCAGGACGAUCCAAACAGUCCUAGCUGGGCAAG